CCGAUUUCUUACCUAAGCCGCAGGCACCCAGGCCCAUUGAAAAUCAUUGACCUCAACUACCGCGCCUAGGCCUAUCCGCACCUUCCGUGCUGAUUUUCUGCAAGUGGAUUUAACAUGAGUAGAGCGACAUGAAAACACAAAACCCACCCGAUUGUUGUUACUACUGGUCAAGACGUCCAGGUCUUGAUGCUCUAGGCAUCCAACCACUCCAUUCCACGGGACCCAAGACCGGCUCUUAGGAAAUCCGACGUUCCGCGCCGCUGACUUCAGCUCAUCCCAUUACAACAUUUCCAAGAACGCCUAAGCAGUGUUGGUGUACCGCUAGCGAGGCAGAAAGGCUGGGCGGGUCAUAGUUCGUGUCUAGAUAAAGGCUCGCUUCCCACCUCACUCUCCCCUUCAUCAAUUCUGGUGGUUUAGCAGGCAGCAAGUAACCAUGCCACUCCCUCAACUCGCCCAACUCGAGCUCGGCGCGCUCCUCUACGCAUCAAUCUUCAUCGGCUUUGGUGUGCUGGCCUUUCUCAACCCAGCGAAAGCGCUCUCCUUCUUUGAGCUGCCCUGGCCCGAAGACACGCCCAAAGCCAGCUCCAAGUCGCAAGCCAACACAACAACAGCAGCCCUCGCGCAAGCGAAGCAGACCAUCCACGUCUUCGCCGUCGUCUACGGGAUCCGCGACAUCUUCAUGGGCGCGGCCAUCUUCGCGGCGGCGCUGUGUGGGACGCCGGCCACGCUCGGCUGGAUUGUGCUGGCGGGUGCGGGGGUUGCGUUCACGGAUGGUGCGGCGUGUUACUGGAUGGUGGGCAAGGGGCAGAUGAAUCAUUGGGGGUAUGCGCCGCUCAUGCUGGCCACGGCUGGGAAGCUGUUGGGGGUGGUGGAAUGGGCGCCAAUGGAGGCGUUGAUGGAGGGGCUUCGGGGGAUGUUGUAGAGUGAUGGAUGGCCUGGAUAGAUGGGACGAGUGCAGUGUACAGUAUUUAUUGCCUGUGUACUUGGAAGAGAUCGCGAUUGUCUCCUCCAGUGCAUAGGAUAUGGACAUGCUAAGAGUCACGUGCAUUUGUACCAAUCGGGAAGGCUGAUGGAGGCGACGAAUGGUGAAACGCGAGGGCGUUUCAGCGGCCCAAGCGCGAGGUCGCGAGGAGGAGUGGUUGGCAGAUGGCGAUCCACCUUCCACGUCCGUGUGCCUCCAGAUCGAAGGGGGGCUGUUGUGCUGUUC